AUGCGCUAUUAUCUUGUGUUCUUUUUGGUUGCUCCAGCCAUUGUUUCCGCGCAACCACCACCAGUCAGUCCUAAUAACCCUGUUACUCCUCGCACUGGUGGACUAUGCUGCAGCAGCGCCGGCGUCCCAGACCCUACCAACACCUGUAAAGAUAAGGGUUUACACUCGUAUUGUUGCACUCCCAAAUCUUCUUUUACUGGGCGAGGCUGCGACGGCCUAGGCCCACAAGCCGGGGUUGGUCGCUAUGUCCAGGCCUUUCCACCUCAGAAGGGUGCUUGUGGGUUUACUGCGUUCAUCGGAUGCGCGUAA